AUGGCGCUGCUGCAGAUCAGGAACACCCACAACGCAUCAGCCGCCCAGCAAGCAGACCCGUCGGCGCUGCCGCUAGCGCUGAUCAAGAAGACGCCGCUGCUCCCGACGCUGAGCGCGCGCGGCCAGUUGGCGUCCAUGACCAAGAGCUUUUUCGCCAAGGCGUUCCCGUCGCCGCACAGGAAGCUGUGGGGCUUCCAGAGCAGCCCCACGGGGGCCGACGACCCGACCGAGGCGAGCAUGGCGGCCGAUGAACAGGACGAAGACGCCGCGCGCGGCGAGAUCUGCGAGAUCAUCGUGGUGGCCAUCCAGAAGGUCACCGAUUCGGCCACCGACGACGCCGCAGAGAACGACCGCGUGAGCUGCAUCGGGCCCGGCAGACUGCACAAGUCGUCGAUCUGGGGCUCCGCCAAGUGGUCGCAGGGCCAGUUGCAGUUGCCGCACCGCGUGGCCUGCACGGUGCGCAGCGGCACGACGACCAAGGUGUCCGCGCAGCCCGAGCGCAGCGACAACGAGUUCGUGUUCGACGAGAAGUUUGUCUUUGAGAGGCGGGAGAACGACGCGCAGUACCACCACGUGACCAUCGAGGUGGCCAACGUCGGCUUGGGCAGAAAGCACCAGCUUGGCCAAGUGGCGGUGGACCUGGACGCCGCGUUCGCCGCGCAGGCAGCGGGCCCCAUCUACCGACACAGCGCCUUGACGACGGCGGACGGCUCCGAGUCGAGCGUCGAGAUCCACUACGUGCUUCACCGUCUGGUAGUCAAGAAUGCUUCGGCCGCCGCGGCUUCCCGCGUGCUCACUCGGUCAAGCACCAGCCUCAACGACGACGAAGACAUGGACGCCUGCGGGCAAAUCUUCCCCGAUUUAUGGUAUCUUUGCUAAGGUUGCAGUCUGCGGCAGCAGCAACUUGCUGCCAGCAAGUAAAUAAGUAAGAGCGUAAUAUCACGCAGUUCUCUCUC